AUGGAGAACUGGAUAGAAAAUAGCUCGACUUUGUUCAAUCAUAAUGGCAACAAUUUAAACCUGCGCCAAUUCCGAACGUAUCCCGAAGAACUACUUGAUACAGUUGAAGACGAUGCACAUUUUUUUCCCUCCCCAACAAACUACACAAAAAAGAGUUCAAAAUAUGAAACUUUGUACCUCGAACUGGACCAUCUACGCCCGAAUUGCAAACAUAUAUGUGGCAAGAAUAAACUCUAUUUACCUAGAAGCUUCCAACACCAUAAACUGACUAGAAUGAUGAGGUUAAGCUACGAAUCACAAAGUUAUGAGGUUAAGAAAAACUUUAAGUGUCCGCCAUCGGCCUGUAUCUUGGAGAGCCAUUUAGAGAGCGACACAAGCUGUAACCACUACAGCUCUGCAGGCCCGAUAAAAAGGACUGACUUGAUAAACUAUCGGUAUUUGAGGUCUCGUGACAGCCGUAAAGAAAUAAUGUGCAGGUUUUGCCUUGGCGUCAACUGGGUUGACUCGACUAUUUACUUCAAACACCUAUUUCUGGCGCACGGAAUAAUCACAAGACUAGAUAACACAACAGAUUGGUAUCACAUAAAUCAAAAGAAAAAUAACAUUACCACCAUAAAACUGGAAGAUUACAUGACAUUCUAUGUUCAAGAGGUGAAAAGCUCAGCCAUACAAUUCACAAGAAAUGUUCUACCUCAUGUUGUGGUGAGAUUAUUACCUAUACCUUCAACUUAUUACUCUUCCAUAAUGGGCAGCGGAUUCCGUAGAACCCAUGUACUUUGUCCCAAUUGCAACCGGUAUAUCCGUAUCGGUUGGUGUGAACAUGAUGAGAUCAUCCAGAGACAAUAUGAAGACUUUGAGUCCCUAAACAUUCAAACUUUCAAAGAGUAUUCCAGAAUCUCCUAUAUUCAAACAAGAAAUAGACAAGAGAUCCAAGGCGUAUACGAAAAUUAUUUUGUACACUACCUAGAGUGUAACUUUCGCGAUUACGAUUCUACGUGUUUGUACAUAAUAUUCACGGACUAA